AUGGAGACUCAUCCGAUGGAUGACUUCUGCGGGUCCAGAUUUUGGGAUUUAAAUCUCACCUGGUAUACGGAUGAUCCGGAUCUUACGCCAUGCUUCCAACAUACCGUCCUGGUUUGGGCACCGUGUGCGUUUCUGUGGGUUUUCUCGCUCUUGGAACUAUUCUACCUCAGGAAAAGUGCGAACAAAGAUGUACCGUGGAGUUUUGUUAAUGUAUCCAAGCUGAUCCUCAUCGGCUCCUUGGCAGUACUCACCAUCAUAGAUCUCGUAAAGGCAAUCUCAACCGAUGGAGUAUCGGCACCGGUUUAUUACUAUACACCAGUUAUAAAAAUUGCAACUUUCAUAUUCGCUGGUGUUCUGGUAUACCUCAACAAGCACUACGGCAUGCGAACGUCCGGACUGCUCUUUCUGUUUUGGUUCUUGUUGACUCUCUGCAGCAUUCCGCGGAUCCGCACUGAAAUACGAGCUCACGAAGCACGCCUAGUGGAAGAUACGUGGGCUGAAUAUCAGCUGAUCAGCUUUAUAACAUUUUUCUCGUUGACGUGCCUCAUGUUUCUGUUGAAUUUUUUUAUCGACAAACCACCGCGCCAAUCGAAGUAUAAAAUCACCGAUAAGGAUUGCCCAGAGCUGUCUGCUAGCUUCCCUUCGCGCAUCUUUUUUGCUUGGUUCGAUCGAUUGGCCUGGGUUGGAUUCAGAAAACCGCUAGAGGUGGAAGAUCUUUGGAAAAUGAAACCAGAAGACUCUUCGAAUGAAGUAUCGCCGGCUUUUCUCCAUCACUGGAACAAGACACUGGAAAAGACUUAUCAAUCGCGAGAAACCAGUAAUGACGUCACGUUUAAGAAACUGGGUAACUCGGCUCGAGUUGAUUUUCGAACCACAAAGAGCAAGAGUAUUGCUUCGAUUCUACCGGCACUGAUCAAGACGUUCGGUGGUACUUUCCUUUUGGGAUCGUUUCUUAAACUCGGUCAAGAUUUACUUACGUUUGCUUCACCUCAAAUUCUAAAGCUCAUUAUUGAUUUCGUCAGCGGUGACGAACCGAUGUGGAAAGGAUUACUAUAUGCGAUUACAUUAUUUGUCGUAGCCGGAACGCAGACACUUUUGCUGGGACAGUACUUUAAUCGAAUGUUUUUCGUCGGGCUCCGUAUCCGUACAGCUUUGAUCAGUGCAAUUUAUCGGAAAGCACUCAUCAUCUCUAAUAGCGCGAGAAAAGGAUCGACCGUAGGUGAAAUUGUUAAUUUGAUGGCCGUGGAUGCACAGCGCUUCAUGGAUCUAACAACCUACAUCAACAUGAUCUGGAGUGCCCCACUGCAGAUCGGACUUGCACUGUAUUUCUUAUGGCAAAUUUUGGGUCCAUCAGUGUUGGCCGGAUUGGCUGUGAUGAUUAUUCUCAUUCCAGUGAACGGUGUUAUUGCUAACAUGAUUAAGACUCUUCAGAUCAAGCAAAUGAAAAACAAGGAUGAACGUGUAAAAUUGAUGAACGAGGUGCUCAGUGGAAUUAAAGUACUGAAAUUGUAUGCUUGGGAACCGAGCUUUGAACAACAAAUUUUAAAAAUUCGUGACAAGGAAGUAAAGGUGCUUAAAUCGGCCGCAUACCUUAACGCUGGAACAUCGUUUAUUUGGUCGUGCGCUCCGUUUUUGGUGUCGUUGGUCACUUUUGCCACCUACGUGCUGGUGGAUGAGAAUAACGUACUGAAUGCAAGCACUGCUUUCGUUUCACUAUCGCUUUUCAACAUUCUACGAUUUCCUCUGUCAAUGUUACCCAUGCUCAUCUCUAAUAUGGUGCAAACUAGUGUUUCUGUGAAACGUAUUAACACUUUCCUGAAUCAGGAAGAGCUUGACCCUGACAAUGUACAACACGAUGAAAAAGAAUCUUCUCCCUUGUUGGUGGAGAAUGGAGUAUUUUCUUGGGGGGGUGAAGAAACAACUCUAAAGAACAUCAACAUUAGAGUAGAGAAAAAUCAAAUAGUGGCCGUAGUUGGCACGGUCGGUUCUGGUAAAAGCUCUCUGCUAUCAGCAUUCCUCGGUGAAAUGGAUAAAAUAUCAGGACGCGUGAAUACACUCGGCCGCAUCGCAUAUGUUAGUCAGCAAGCAUGGAUUCAAAACGCAACCCUGAAGGACAACAUCCUUUUCGGAAAGCCGAUGGAUCAGAGACGGUACAAUCGCGUGAUAGAAGCUUGUGCAUUGAAACCAGACAUCGAAAUGUUACCCGGUGGUGAUUUGACGGAGAUUGGCGAAAAGGGUAUUAAUCUGUCCGGCGGUCAGAAGCAGCGGGUGUCACUAGCGCGGGCCGUUUAUAAUGAUGCCGACGUGUACUUCUUGGACGAUCCGCUGAGCGCGGUUGAUUCGCACGUAGGUAAGCACAUCUUUGAGCAGGUUAUCGGUUCUACCGGUCUGCUGGCGAAGAAGACCCGAGUACUGGUGACGCACGGCAUCACUUAUCUGCCCAACACGGACAAGAUCUACGUACUGCGUGAAGGCGAAGUCUCGGAAAGCGGUACCUACCAAGAGUUGAUGGAUAAGAAAGGGUCGUUCGCGGAGUUCCUCAUUCAGCACCUGCAGGAGGUGAACGAAGAGGAGGAGGAUUUGGAUGAGAUAAAGCAGCAGCUAGAAAACAGUGCUGGAGGAGAGGAACUACUAAAUCAGUUGAAGCGCACCAACAGCAAACGAUCACGCAAUGAAAGUACUUCGGAAACGGGCUCGGUGAAAGAUUUCACACGUCAAAAUUCUUCAGAUAGUAACUCCAGCUUACGCCGCAGAACUUCUGAAAAGACUCCGGAAGCACCAAAAACGAAGUUGAUCGAACAGGAAAAAUCUGAAACUGGCAGUGUCAAAUGGGACGUAUACAAGCAUUACCUCAAGAGUAUCGGUUUAACUCUGUCAGUAGCGACUGUAAUUUUAAAUAUGAUUUUCCAAGGAUUCUCUAUUGGCUCAAACCUUUGGUUAUCACGCUGGUCCACUGAUGAAUCAGCUGAGAAUGAUACUAGUGUUCGAGAUAUGUAUCUUGGUGUUUACGGUGCCUUUGGAGCUGGUCAAGUGUUGAGCACCUUCCUGUCGACACUGUUCCUUUACAUUGGCGCAUUGGAAGCAUCCAAGACACUGCACAGAACAUUGUUGCGGAGUGUGGUGGGGGCACCGUUAACGUCCUUUUUCGACAUCACGCCAAUCGGCCGAAUUCUGAAUCGGUUCAGCAAGGAUAUCGACACGACGGAUUCCGAUCUGCCGGCAACGCUGCGCGCCUGGAGUGCCUGUUUUUUCGGGGUUGUCGCAACACUGGUAGUGAUCUGUAUUUCGACGCCGAUAUUCGCCGCGGUGAUCGUACCGAUUGGCAUUUUGUAUUACGGUGUGCAGCGCUUCUACGUAGCCACUUCACGUCAGUUAAAACGUUUGGAGUCGGUAUCACGUUCACCGAUCUAUUCCCACUUUGGUGAAACUAUCCAAGGAGUACAAACAAUCCGAGCCUACAGUGUGCAAGAUAGAUUCAUCACGGAAUCGGACGAACGGGUGGACGCAAAUCAACUGUGCUACUGCCCGAGCAUUAUCGCCAACCGAUGGCUCGCAGUGCGGCUAGAAAUGGUCGGCAACUUGAUCAUUCUGUUCGCAGCUCUAUUUGCCGUGCUUGGCCGCGAAACGAUGAACGCUGGGUUGGUCGGUUUGUCCGUUUCGUAUGCGCUUCAGAUCACACAAACGCUGAACUGGCUCGUCCGCAUGACGUCUGACGUCGAAACCAACAUCGUAGCGGUGGAACGUAUCAAGGAAUACGGUGAAACGAAGCAGGAAGCUGCCUGGGAGGUUCCGAACAGCACGCUUCCCCGGGACUGGCCCGAACAAGGUCAGGUUGAGUUCCGCGAUUUUCAAGUACGCUACCGUGAAGGGUUAGAGCUAGUGCUUCGAGGCAUCUCGUUCACGGUGAAAGGCGGUGAGAAGGUCGGCAUCGUUGGUCGCACAGGAGCAGGGAAAUCAAGUCUCACGCUAGCGCUGUUUCGCAUUAUCGAGUCUGCCGGGGGAUCGAUCGUUAUUGAUGGACAGGACAUUUCCCAGCUCGGUUUACACGCGCUCAGAUCCCGACUGACGAUCAUUCCCCAGGAUCCUGUCCUAUUCUCCGGCACGCUUCGUAUUAAUCUAGACCCGUUCGAUACGCACUCUGACGAAGAAAUCUGGAAAGCGCUGGAGCAUGCUCAUUUGAAAUCGUUUGUGAAGGGAUUGACGGCGGGAAUCAAUCACGAAGUUACCGAAGGAGGAGAGAAUUUGUCCGUUGGACAAAGGCAGUUGAUAUGUUUGGCCCGUGCGCUGUUGCGAAAGACCAAGGUGCUCAUUCUAGACGAAGCAACUGCGGCAGUUGAUUUAGAAACGGACGACCUAAUCCAGCGUACCAUUCGUACGGAGUUCAAGGAUUGCACCGUACUGACAAUCGCUCACCGUCUCAACACGAUCAUGGACUCGGAUAAGGUGAUCGUGCUCGAUAAGGGCCAGAUCGUGGAAUUUGCAGCACCGGCCGAAUUAUUGCAGCAGAAGAACUCUUCCUUCUACAGUAUGGCUAAGGAUGCCGGGUUGGUGUAA